UAAUGUUUGGUGGUGUGUGUGUGUAGCAACAUUUAAUGAAGAGCAGCAGGAGUGCUGAACGGAGGGGACACAAGCUCGGCCUGAACCUUCAAAAAAUGCUCUGGCAUACACCAGGAUUUUCAAACAGGCACCUGUUCAAUAUGCACACAGGAUUACUGCAAUUAGAGAUCAUUCCAACCGUUUAAAAAGUAACUGUAAUGCAAAUAUAGGAGACAAGACCUUAACAGAAGUUCACAGACCAGAAAGCGAGCACUCCUCUGGCUCCACAAGAGUUGUUUAAUUGUAUGGAGCAGCCUAGAAGCUAGCACUGGAGUUCAUUUAGACACGGGGUUAACUCAGCCUGAGGGAUAAAAUGUCAAUAAACAAGAAAAAUUGGACUGCUCUCUCCAGUCUGGCAAGGCAGAGAUCAAUGGAAGAUGAUGAGGAAUUUGAAAAAGCUCGCCGGCGCCGGACCAGACUGAGUAAUUCAGCACCAAAUCAUGAAGAAAUCGCUGAAGAACAGCAUACAUCUGAAAACAGCACCCGGUUUAAUGACCAAGAAGAAACGUCAUCGCCAAGCUUGGAGGAUGAAACCGUACCAUUUGCUGAAAUGCUGAGAAGAAGAGAAGAGGACAAAAGACGCCAUCAACGAGAAACUUUGCAGAGUCUGAAAUUAGCAAAGUUCGCCUCUGAGACAGAAGUUGAAAAGGAAAGCACAGGCAAGCAGGAGAAUGAAAACCAGAAGCCAGAUAUGCAGAAAGCGGUCAAUAAUGCACAGUGGAAGAAAUCAGAUGAAGAUUGUAGAAAGAAAAUCGAUGAACUCACAAUUAAGCAGGAAAAGGAGGCCAACAACAGCGUAGCCAGGAAACAGAAUCAUUCUGGUAAAGAAAACGCCUGCAGUCAAUCACCUCUUCAAUCGCCUCUCAGUCCAGUACACACCACACGUGCUUUUAUAAGCUUAGGGAGGCCAAAAGAAGUGAAAAGUCCAACAAGGUUGAAAACACAGCUGAGUUUCGAGAAUGACAAAUGCUAUCAGCAAGAAAACAGCAGCACAUUGAUUGCAAAUGAUUGUUUCAGACCUCAGGCAAAAUCCACUGAGCCUAAAAUGGGUGAAAGAAGAGAAUGUGAACAAACAAGACAAGAGCCCCCUAAACGAGAAAGUGUCAGGAAAGCAGGUACACAGGAAGUAAAAAGAACAUCUGCUGUCAUCACACAGAUACGGCAUCAGAAAAAUGAAACCAGUAGUGAAGAUUCCAAUUCCAAUGCAGUACCCUUUUGUCGCCUCACUGCAAGAGCUACAUCAUUCAGAGUUUCAAAUUCCGAGGUGAAAAGCCAACCGUUCCAAAGAAGUGCUAGUCUAAGGAUUCCAAAAAAGAUUGAUGACAGACUUGAACAAUAUACAAAGGCAAUCCAGAGAAGUGAUAGCAGGAAAGCAAAACAAUCCCCUUCUAAUUAUCUGACCCGACCAUUAGAGGGCGUUGCAAGCAAACGAUGUGUGUUUGAGAAGGAAGAUGCUCAGGAUUCCAGUGCUCGACAUUACACAAGUAGAAAGGAAGCAGUAGGCCUUUAUGUGAGGGUUGCUGUUCGCAUCAACCAAUGGGUCACUAGAGCUCAAGAAUCCAGAAAAACAUUUGGAUGUAAGGAUAUCAGACCAGGAGAUGUAGCCAACAAACGCAAUCUGUGGGAGAACAAAGCUGAUUCUCUUGAAAAGAAGGAACUCCAUGCAAAAGGGACAGCAGCUUCACUGGGCUUUUUCACACCAUCUUAACAAGCCACCUGUAACAUGGAGUAACAUGUCAAAGUGAAAAAGGAGGCAAUUCUAUAUUCCUGGAACCAAACUGAAUUCAUAAAAUGUAACUAUUUUCCUUAAAUCUUGAAGUUGGUUAAUAUUUUACCCAGACAUGAUCAAGCUAAUUCUCCAGAAAGAGUGAUUUUACAAUAAAACUAUAAUAUUCUAAUAAAGGGAUUCAAAUGCUUUCAAAAUUGUAAUGUGACAUGAAAAACAAUACUACUGCUUUUUUUAGGUGAUUGUGUUUCAAUUUAAACCAAUGCAACAUGGGAACAAAUCAGGUUCAAAACCUUGUAAAAUAAGAGGCUUUAAAUUUUACACUUUUUUAUGUUAUAGAUGUAAUAUUAUGUUCACUGUAUUUCAGUUAUUUUCUCAAAAAUAAAUUUGAAGAAUGAUACUAGGUCUUUAAA